UUUAUUUAUGUGUUUGAGUAUGUGUGCCUUUUGUGUGUAUGUGAUUAUUUUACUUAGCUUCGUUUAUUUUCCUUGUAAUACGUUUUAAUGUGUGAGUUUCACGACGACAGUGUUUCUGGGCCACCAGGCUGAAAUGCGUCCCUGUGGUGGGGGGAGGGUGAAAAUAUCCACUACACGGUCUAAAUAAGGAACGUGAAUGAAACAGGGAAUAACCCUUUCGUCACUAUGGUUACCACCUUCACACUUGACCAAUGAACUAACAGGGGAAGUUUCGUCUUGUAUAGUUGUGAACAUAGACAUCCGCCUACUUGUGAUAAGUUUAGAAUAUAAAUAUCAGGUUCAUGCCAACAAAACUCAACAUUCAAACUUUUCUCUCAUAUGGAAAUAUUACAGACGUAACAACUGUAAUACAUAUUUUAUCAUCUACACACACUGACUGACAAAUGCUGCCUGGGUAAAAAAAAAAAAGAGUUUUCGAGGACUUCUAGUAACUUAUGUAACGGAGGUCAGUCUGUGUUGUAGCACGUGUCAGAAAAUGUCUUCGCAAAAGUUGGACUUGUCCACGGUCUCCAGCUGCAGCUCUUCCAGCGGCACUUACGCUUUUGUGGUCGACAUGGACAACUGUCGCCUCCGUCGUUAUCCCUCCGUGUCCCUUAAAAAGAGCAAAGGGAGAAAACUGCGACUGGCCCGGGUGGCCUGUGUUGUCAGUGUUAUCAGCCUCCUCAUCGCCGUUAGUGUCUCGGUCUGGGUUCUUCUCGUCAGUUUGACAAACUGGCCAUCCUCCCUGGCAGAGACUGACAGAACGCUUUGCCUUCCAUGUGAAUACGUGACCUAUGACCCUUCCGACAGGUCGUGGCUGAAGAAUGCUCUGGAGGUUCGAAGGGACCACAACGGCUCUGUCACGUGCUGUGCGACAACCAAAGCCCAGUACCUGACCCUCCUUCAGCUGAGUUUUCGAAGCCGGGAGAAAAAAGAACAAGAACAUACAGAUCCCUGGACACAGACAAAGCCUCCAGUCCCUUCACCUCCUGCCCCACAGCGCGCUGUCUCUGCACACCUGCUGUUCCGACGAGGUUUAGGAUCAGGACAGCGGCAGCAGUGGAGUGGACCAAACGAAACACACCUGUCUCAUGUCACACCUGGCCUCAGGUUCUAUGACAAUUCACUGUACGUGGUCACCCCGGGUGUGUAUUACGUCUAUGCUCAGUUCCUGUUUGACGUCGACUUGGAAGGUGGACCCCACGUGGUCAGUGGCUACGUGUAUCGUGACAGUGUGGUGCUGCCCCCUAUCUCGGGUAUCCUGCUGAAGGCUCGUCACACUCGGCUCGGGGGCGACAGGGACUUCCACGUCUCUCAUGUCGGAGGGCUUUUCCAGCUGCAGGCCGGCGACCAGCUGUACGUCAGGACCUCGAACACAACUCUUGUGUCUAAUGACGAGAGGGGAAGCUUCUUCGGGUUGUUUAGGAUAGGCGAUUAAGACACAGAAAAGGCGUUUGUAUGAUAUAAACUUGUAAACACCGUAACAAAAUGCCCAAUGUAAAUGUUCACCAAUUGACUAUUAUUAGAUUUAUUGUCUUGACAAAAGAAUUGCUUCAUACAUCAUAUAUUAGGUAAAAUAUUUUAUAUUGAAGAAAGACAUCCACAUCAAAGUGUUUAUGCUUAUGGAUAUGUACGUACGCAUAAAAAUGUACAUAAUUAUUUAUGGAUGUUAAACUAGUGAGAGGCUACCUUGCCAAGGGUUAUAGUUUUACACUGAUGAUGUGAGGCGUUUUAAACAUUUGUAUUAAUUAUCAUUAAACACAGUGUUUAAGAUGUUUAUAACUGAGAGGGACGUCCUCUCACCUUGGCAACAGUUUCUUGUAUUUACUAUCUGUUGUGAAUUUCAAUGUCUGUUAGUCCUCGUGUACACCUGUGUCACAGCUACACUUAACAGGGUUAGACAUCACAGUCUACUGUUACAAUCAUGUGGUGACAUCCAGCGUCAGCCUGUCAUGACGAGAUGCUCACAUCAUUCGUAUGUCUUAGGACAAAACAAUUUGCACUGUGUGCGAGAUUACUGUGAAUACGUAUGUAAAUAAUAGAGACAUUUAAUUCUACGUUGUAAUAGUAGUUUAUAUGGCUGCAAUGACUUGCGUUAAGAAAGUUCUACAAACAUUCAUCACGAUAUCAAUAUGUAAAUUACAAAACAUUUAUUGCUUCAAUGUAAAGCAGUUGAGGUCAGAUAUGACACAAGUGGUGUCUCCGGGACACUUAUGACUGAUACUUAUUUUGUGCAUUAUUUCUUUUUAUCUAUAUAUCUAUAUAUGUUGUUAUCUGCAAUAGUAUUUCAUUGUACUUAUCUUGUAUUGAAAUAAUAACGGAGACGAGUCUGUGUGCAUUCAAUCAUAUUCUCUGCCAACAACAUCCUGACAACGGACUGUUGUAUAAAGCUACACUGAUAUACAAGGAGAUUUACUUUUUGCUGUUAAUGUUGUGUGAAGGGAGGAUACUCCACAGGUUGUGUGAGAAGAUUACUAGCAAUAUGAUUCUCUAUUGUCAAUGUAAGGGAGAACUUACCUUGUGAGGGUAUACUACAUUGGCAUUGUGUGAGGGGAUAAUCUACUGAUAUUGUGUGAUGGAUAUUUUACUGACAAUAUGUGUACCGUGGUCUACUGCUCUCUUGAUCCCGUGUACCUGUUACAUGUUACAUAUCACUAACGGCAAUCAAUUUACCUUCAAAAGGCAGCUGUUACAUGCGCAAAAAAAAACGUUUAGAUUGAUGUACUUAAAUUUCCUCUUAUCAGUAUUAUGUCUUCAUAUUUUUACACUUUUUGUUUUUAAAUUAAACAUGUUUUAGAGUUGUGAAAAUAUGUUGGACA